GCAGCAACCGAGCCGGAUGCCGACAGACGGGCGUACGCAGUGUGGGUGUCUGAGAUCAUGCUCCAGCAGACGCAGGUGGCUACAGUGAUUGACUACUACAACCGCUGGAUGCAGAAGUGGCCGACGCUGCAGGCUUUGGCGCAGGCAUCCCUGGAGGAGGUGAACGAGCUGUGGGCAGGACUUGGCUACUACUCCCGAGGGAAGCGUCUGCAGGAGGCAGCAAGGAAGGUGGUGUCCGAUCUGGCUGGCCGGAUGCCCAGGACGGCUGAGGACCUGCAGAAGCUGCUGCCGGGAGUGGGCCGAUACACGGCGGGAGCCAUCGCGUCCAUCUCGUAUGGGCAGGCUACCGGCGUCGUGGAUGGGAAUGUGAUCCGGGUCCUAUGCCGCCUGCGCUGCAUCGGUGCCGACUCCAGCAGCCCGGCUGUCAUCGACCGGCUCUGGGACAUGGCCAAUGCCCUCGUAGACAGGAGCCGCCCGGGGGAUUUUAACCAGGCCCUGAUGGAGCUGGGGGCAACUGUGUGCAUGCCCAAGGCCCCGCUGUGCGGGGAGUGCCCCGUGAAGCAGCACUGCCAAGCGCAGCGCAGGGUGGAGAAGGAGCUGGCCUUCGCCUCUCAGAAGCUGUUUGGAAAACCUGCCCCAGUGCCUGACGUUGAGGACUGUGGUGUUGGGGGCUGUCCCCUGUGCCCCCCAGCCACGGAGCCAUGGGACAGCAGCCUGGGGGUCACCAACUUCCCCCGGAAAGCAGCGAAGAAGCAGCCGCGGGUGGCGCGAACGGCCACGUGUGUGCUGGAGCGGAGGGGCUGCCAUGGGGCCCCGGAGUACCUCAUCGUGCAGAGACCCAGCUCGGGUCUCCUGGCCGGACUCUGGGAAUUCCCCAGCCUCCCGCUGGCUCAGGGUCUGCCGGAGGAGAAGCAGAGGGAGGUGUUGGCAGAUCACCUCCAGGCCUGGAUGGGGCAGCCCGUGGCGGCCAGAGGCCUAUGGUUCAUCGGAGAGGUCGUCCACAUCUUCUCUCACAUCCACCAGACGUAUGUGGUCUACUCCCUGCCCCUGGAUGGGGACAUGACCCUGGACCCUGCCUUGUCCCCCUCCCGCUGGGUGACAGAGGAGGAGUUUCAUGCCUCAGCUGUGUCCACAGCCAUGAAGAAGGUGCUGAAAGCGUGUGAGAAGCAGCGUGGGAAGGAGAGCAGCCCUGGCAAGGGCUCCAAGCGGAAGCGGGGGGUAAAGCCAAAUGGAGCGAGCAGCACCCGCCCUGGGACGCAACUCUCCCUCCGUGCCUUUCUCCAGGCACCCACCUCCUCGUGA